GAAGUGUCGGUGGCGCACGACUAGGAAGUGGUGAGUCUCGGAGUAGUGAUGGCUGCGCUUGCCCCGCUGCCUCCGCUCCCCCCACAGUUUAAGAGCAUUCAGCAUCAUCUGAGGACGGCUCAGGAGCAUGACAAACGAGACCCUGUUGUGGCCUAUUACUGUCGUUUAUAUGCGAUGCAAACUGGAAUGAAGAUUGAUAGUAAAACUCCUGAGUGUCGUAAAUUUUUAUCAAAGCUAAUGGAUCAGUUAGAAGCUCUUAAGAAACAGUUGGGUGAUAAUGAAGCUAUUACUCAAGAAAUAGUUGGUUCUGCUCACUUGGAGAAUUAUGCUUUGAAAAUGUUUUUGUAUGCAGAUAAUGAGGAUCGGGCGGGGCGAUUUCACAAAAACAUGAUCAAGUCCUUCUAUACUGCAAGUCUUUUAAUAGAUGUCAUAACAGUGUUUGGAGAACUCACUGAUGAAAAUGUGAAACACAGAAAGUAUGCAAGGUGGAAGGCUACAUAUAUCCAUAAUUGUUUAAAGAAUGGAGAGACUCCUCAAGCAGGGCCUGUGGGAAUUGAAGAAGAUAAUGAUGUUGAAGAAAAUGAAGAUAUUGGCGCAACCUCUCUGCCCACUCAGCCACCUCAGCCAUCAUCUUCGACUUACGACCCCAGCAGCAUGCCAUCGAGCAGCUGUACUGGAAUACAGAUUCCGCCCGGCGCGCACGCUCCAGCUAAUACACCAGCAGAGGUGCCUCAUGGCACAGGUGUAACAGGUAACACUAUCCAACCUACUCCACAGACUAUUCCAGCCAUUGAUCCUGCACUUUUCAGUUCACUUUCCCAGGGGGAUAUCCGUCUAACACCAGAAGACUUUGCUAGAGCUCAGAAAUACUGCAAAUAUGCUGGCAGUGCUUUGCAGUAUGAAGAUGUCAGCACCGCUGUGCAGAAUCUACAGAAGGCCCUCAAGUUACUGACUACAGGCAGAGAAUGAAGCCUUUGUGCAACAGAUCCAUGCAUUUUUGGCUUUAAGAACUAACAGUCCAUUACUCUAUCUUCAGCCUGUCAGGAGCACAGUUUAAGGAAGACUUUGGUUCCAUUGAACAUAACACUGAAAUCUGUGUCCGUGUAUCAGAUUCCUGUUGAAGCAUUCAUCAGCAGCCUCAGCCAGUUUUCAUUGUCCAUUUAGUGGAUCCAAUAAUCUCUGGCUAGAUAGGGCUGAUGUUAGCAAGAUCCUAGAAUUGAACCCUGCUUCGGAAAGUGAAAAUACAGUUCUAUAAAAUAUAUUGAGAAUAAGCUUUGUAUCUUAAUUUACAUAAAUUAAGGAAUUUUUUUAAUCUGUAGUUUGGACAUAUAUUACUUUGCUAUAAAAUUCUAAAUUUAACUUUUAAUAAAGAUUGCCGGAAUAUUCCAGAUUAGAAAUCAUGUUUUUUGUUUUCCUCAGAAUUUAUAAAACAAAUAUAAAUGUCCUAAAUUGUUAGAUGAAUCUGAAAGAGAUUAUGUUCAAAAUUCAAUUUGUAUUCGUGUUAAUUAUAACUACAUUAAAAGUUAAAAUUUUCAUGGAAGGAGUUAUAAGGUAAAGAGGUAGAAUUCCUUUUAGACUAAGAAUAAUGUUGGUUUCCCAGCUGCUUUCCGUUAUCCAUUGAAGCGUAAGGUGAAUCGGUAUUUGCUUCAUAGGCAGAUUGCAUGUAUUAGAGAAUGAAAAAAAGACAUUUGUAGUAAUGCCUGGAAACUUGGUGCUUUAAGUUAAGAUUCGCCUCUGCUGCUAUGGAAUGGAUUCUCUAGGGUGCAGAGCUAUGAAUGAUGCAGAAGAUUAGAAGAAAUUAGAUUCUUGGUUAAAUUUAUAAGUUUUGUGGGGAAUUUUGGACUAACUGUCACCUACAUUUGUGCUGUGUAAAAAAUAAAUACAAGGAUUCUUUUAAUUAGUUCAGCUUA